AGGUUCAUGGGAUCAAAAAACAUGAGAGUCAAGAAGGCUACAUCUAGCUCUCCAAGAAAUGCACCAAAAUCCAAUUCCAAUUCACCAAAUGCCUCAGAGUCUAAGCCCCUGCCUUCCAAAGCUCCGAAAGAUCGCCACGCUAAGGUUCACGGGCGUGAUCGUCGUAUCCGCCUUCCACCGUUGUGUGCAGCUCGAGUGUUUCAGCUCACUCGAGAGCUCGGMAACAAAACGGAUGGUCAGACUGUGGAGUGGCUGUUGAAGAAGGCUGAGCCAUCCAUUAUUGCUAUAACUGGUAAAGAUAUUGCCUCUGCUGCUCUAAACUUGGCUGCCUGCAACCCCUCUCCAUCUUCAUCAAACCUUUCUGCUACUACAAGUUGUUUUCAACAAGAAACUAACAACUACACGUUCCCAAUGCCUAACAUACCUUUGCCAAAUUAUGAAUUCGAUUUGGUCUCCGAUUUUGAUAUGGAGCUUUUUGCUCAUCAUAUCACCACGCUGCAAGAAGUGGCAGAAAAUUUGGAGCAGGACGACGGCCAAGAUUCAGAUUGUUGAUGGCAACUCAUGGGGUUUGAUCAGUAGAAAUGGUAUAACUAUGGCCUAUGGUGACAACAUCUAUGAGAAGAAAGGGAAGCAGGAAUGAAAUAUUUGCUGUUCAAAACAAAUAAAAGAAUGAAAGAAUAGUUCUUUUUAUUACUUUGAUGCCAAUGCAAAAAGAGUUCAUAUAGGCAGAUAAGCGUUUUGAUAGAUGCCUUUGGUUUUGCAAUAAACUGUCCAAAUCAUAUUAUUGCUUGCCUGUCCAUUUAUGGCCAUUCAAGCUUAUAAAUUAUCAGAGUUUACA